AUGAAUAUGGACAUGGGUGCAACGGAAUACACGAGACCAAAUAUUGUUGAUGCAGGUCCCAAAGCCGCCCACUGGAUAUUCACAUUGUGUCUCUUAUUCCUAUUACCCUCUUUGAACUGUUGUCUGGUCUUUGCAGACAGAACAAACUACUCGUUAAUACUACAAUCUGUCAUUACACUGUACUCGGUUUGUGAAGUUUCCUUUUUAAGCUUCCCUGAUGGAGAUGGUGUGGAGAAUAUUACUUCUUCCGUGCUAGGUGGCAUAAUACUCGGAAUGAAUAUACUAUCCCUCUCUUUGAAUUUUAUACUAAGGAAACAGGGGCAAGGUAAGAUCAAACAAUGGAUCGGUUACCUCCAUCGCACCCUUUCCUUCGCGUUAGUUUUGGCAGGUUGGGUAAAAGUUUGCCUAGCACCUGUGGCAUUAUUUGGAUUUUGUAGACCUGGUCAUACGGGACAAUGUGCAGCACAUGGAAUUAUGGGGAGUGCAUUUGUAUGGUACGGGUUUGUUUACUCUUUGGUCCUUGUGGUGCCUUGGAUUAGAAAAUCCGAUUAUUCACAAGAUCACAUAGAUAGUUGGGUAAUGUGCCUUUGGGGUAUUGUAAACACAUUCACCGAACACAGAUGGGGGAGAGAAGAUUGGUUUAUGCAUGAUUAUCAGCAUACUGCGAUGGGGAUAAUAUGGUGGUCCGGUGGGAUCUUGGGUAUUUUCCUCUCCAGGAAAGGGAAGAGAACAUUUGUCCCCAGUUUGUUGAUAAUUUUUACUGGAUGGGCCAUGUCGCAACAUCAUCAACAUUUAGAGAUUAGUACUCAUGUGCAUGCAUUUUUUGGAAUGGUGCUAAUGCUGGGUGGUGCUCUACGUAUUAUUGAAAUUACAUUUUUGUUGAAGGAUGCUAAUAACACGAAUGAUGAGAUAUUAUCAUUCCAAUAUUUAUCAACAUUUUGUCUCGUUUCAUCAGGAAUAUUAUUUAUGGGUGCAACUGAGGAACAAUUGAAAUUGGUUAUGAGAUUGGGUGCGGACCAUAGUGCUUACAUUUUGGUUCUACUCUCUGGGGCAUGUUUGUUAUUUUGUUGGAUACAGGUGUGUUUGAAUUUUUAUGUAUAUUUAAUGGACACAAAGGGAACUCGUUUAGAUGAUUAUGAGUCGUUAUACCAGGAGUUUACCCAAUCUCCAAUUGCAGAUACUGAUGUAACCGAAACCUCGGAAAGUUUCGAACUAUAA